AAGCUGUUCCCCCUGCCGUUAGUGAGCAACAAACAUGGCGGGGGUGGAGUGCGACACUUGUUGACGGCUCUGCCCUUCUUACGGCCGCCCACCUCGCCCACCCGCCCCCAGACGCCCCUCAGUAUGUGACCCAGACAUGCCACAGGUUGCGGGAUGAGCGGGCUGCGUCGGCUCCGCGUAACGGAGCUUCAUCCGAACCUCCUCUGCAUAUUAUGUGGAGGUUAUUAUGUAGACGCUACUACCAUCGUUGAGUGCCUCCAUUCCUUUUGCAAGACCUGUAUUGUGCGUUACUUAGAAUCUAGCAAAUUCUGUCCAAUAUGUGAUGUUCAAGUGCACAAGACGAAACCUCUGCUUAGCAUUCGACCGGACAAAACACUUCAAGACAUUGUAUAUAAGCUGGUUCCAGGAUUGUAUCAGAAUGAAAUGUGUAAGCGGCGAGAAUUUUACUCUUGUCAUCCCGAGACGUCGCCAGCAACACCAGAAGAUGGAGGCAGUGAUGUGGGGAGGUGGUACAUACUGCCAGAUGAUCCAGUGUCUCUGGCACUACACCCAGCACCAGCUGCCUCCACCCACAGAUGUUACAAUAGUCACCUUAUGCCAGCUACAUCAGUAAACUGCUGCUUGAAUGUUAACUCACAAGCAGUGAGGGGAGAUGAGUACACUAACCAAAUAAAGAAAAAUCCACUGGGAGGCCGUGUGCGUUACCUCCAGUGUCCAGCUGGAGUUAGUGUAGCACAGUUAAAGAGAUUACUGCGAGCGAAGUUUGGAGUUGGUCCAUCUCAUCCCUUGGCUAUUCUCACUAGCUCAUCAGACGAUCCACUACACGAGACCUUAACGCUUGUUGAUGUGGCUUAUAUCACAGCAUGGCAAAGGACUGAGCCAUUACAGCUGUUUUACCAAAUAUACGAAAGAGCAAGUAAAAAGAUCAAGCUAGAUCCAGACAGCUACAGUUCUGAAGCUCUCAGCUCCUCUGAAGAAAUGCCAAAACUGGAACCAAGUGUUGGUAGUGAGGUUACCAAUACUGUGUAUGGGUCCUCAUACUCAACAAACAGCCUGUCUGACUACAGCAGUGCUCCUCUUUUACAGGCUUUUGGAGCUUUAGGCUCUGAUUCUCCAGUAAAGGAGGAAUCAGCUGCAGAAACAUCUGUGAUUGAAACCUUAAAAGAUAAAACUGCAGUGACAGGGAAAUCUUUUGAGGUGCCAGAGUUUAAAGAAACUGGAGAUAAAAGUGUGUUAGCUGCUAAACCAAGUGAUACAGUUGAGGAAAUUAUUGAACCUUGUGCAAAGGAUUCCCAAGUAAUGGUGAAAUGUGAGUCACAUUCUAAAUUAGCACAGGGUACUGUUAGUGAUAGUGUUAUGAACAUCGAAAGUGCUAUAAGUGGAUCUAGUGUAGUGGACACCAUUGUGACAUACUCUGGAGCUUACACAACACCAAGCAAUGGUGUGAACGUUGGGGUUGCAUUCAUGCCCGGAGAGCUGGGGUAUAUGAGCCCUGCUGGUGUUCCCUGUGCAAUAAUCCCAAGUGGUGGUUGCGUUCCAAUGACUGGGAGUUGCAUUCCUAGUAAUACAAAUAUUCCUGUUUUGUGUAACACUGAUGUACAUAGACACAUAGGUGAUGGGGUAGCAAGUGCUGUAAACGAAUGGAAUUCAACAGGACCUCUGAAAGACUCCGAAGUAACAAAGGAGAAUUCUCAAGUGCCUGCAGAUGUCAGUUCAAAGAGCGAAGGGGUCAGAGGAAGUGAGGAAGAUGAAGGGAAAGAGGUGCAGCUCAAAAUAAGCGAGUCAGGGGUGAUGAGUGUGUGUGGACGGGACACGACUCUGGAGGGGGUGCUCAACUCCAUUGAAUCGGAAGCUUGUGAACUUUUGUCAAAAAUAGAAAGUGGGUCUCUUUGUGAAGACUUUCCACCUAAAGUUAUGGAAAAACUUGCAGAGAGGAAUCCCUUUGAAGCAGGUAAUGGUACAAAGAAAUCUAAAACUAAAGAUAGAAUAGGUGAAGUUAUACGAAGCAAAGGAGAUACAAAGAUAAAUAAAGAUCGACCACUUCAAAAGGUGGAAAAGAUGAAAUUGUCAAAUACAAAGACUGCUUCCUUAGUUACCCAAAAAUCUGAAAGUGCUAAUUUGAAGGAAACAAAAGUAGUAAAGCCAAAUGUUAAUUAUAAUGUUGAAUCUUGUCCUGAUACUUCAUGCAAUAAUAAACCCAUAACUUACUGUAAAGAUGAACCUGUGGAGAAAGAGCUUGAUAUGAAGCCGCAGGGAGAGUUACAGAAUAAUAAGGAAUUGAAAGACAGUAACACUAAAGAUUCUCGGUCCAGUCAUAUUCCAGCAAGCCUUACUGCAGCAAGUAUGGCUAACCUAAAUAAGCCACAUCUUAAAGUUGGUACAUCUAAAGUUUCUCAAGGAGAGGAUCAUAAAAGUAAAGAACAAAAGCCUAACAAUGGGUUAAAUUCAAAGAAGGAUGCCAAACAAGAAUUAGCAAUGAAAUCAUCACCUGGCAGUGGAUGCAGGAAGUCUUCACAGUCUUAUGGUUACAAAACCUUGAAAACUCCCCCUAAAAGUUGGAACCCUACAAUAUCCAGAGAACAGCUAGCUUUGGUAGCUGGUAAAUCAUCAAUCGGCAAGGGCAACAAAGAGCCCCCUCGGACAAACAAAUUUUUUAAAGCUCGCAAUGCUCCUCGAUUUUUAGGAAAUCCAUCUGCAGGUGUGAAACCAAUGUACUCGCAUAUGGUUGAUAGUAAUGGAUCCCAAAAGCGUGGUGUAGUUUUAAAACUUGACCCCAAAACGUUGGGUCCUGUAUCUGUGCCAGUUAAUAAUGAUGCAAAUCCUCCAACUACAGUCUCGAGUUCAAUUUCCUCUGUGUCUUCCGUACAGUCUACAGCAGCAGAAACAAAGACUCAAACUUCAUUAACUUCACAGCCUGUUGACCAGAAACUCCCCAAUAGUGUUCAUACAGGAUCAUUAGCUCCUGAGGCUCAUGCUGCUGUAUCAAAAGUUGAAGACACAAUAGUUACCAAUACCAAAGCUGCUCUCACAUUGCCUGCAUCAAUAACAAGUGGGUUAAAGGAAAGUACAAAUACAAGUUCAAAAGUCAUUGGUAAUACUAAAACUUUGCAAGACAAAAAUACUCUACAACAUAAAUCUACCAAGAAUGGGAGGUCUUCAAACAACAAUAGUAGUACCAGUAAUAGAAGUGGAAAACUAUCAAGUGCUCAUACAACAGGUAGUAGUUCCAAAGCUGAAGUUAGUGGGUUAAGUAUUUCUAAGGCAGAAAAUAAAGCCAGUGGUGGAACAGUUGGUUUAGUUGGAAACAGCAUGGCAAGCUUUGUUGCCAGCAGCAAUCUCAUGAAUCAUCUGAAAAUGGCUGUUUCAACAGGAAUGACUACUGGUUUCACUCAAGUUAAAGCAGAAACAGUUAAUGCCCUGACCGCUGCUAAUACUGGCCUACAACCACAACAGCAUCUUACUCUAGGUUCACCAGCAGUUGGCGUUAGUAUAAUUCCUUCCUGUGGGGUAUCUUUUCCAGGGGCUAUUGGUACUCUUCCAUUGCCUUACUACACUAAUCCCUCCCUGGCCUACCCAGCAUACCCUUAUUUGUAUCAAGGAGCAGAGACUAUUGGCCUUAUACCUCCACAUCAUUCUGCUUCAUUUAUCCCAACAUUCCCUGCAUGUCUCCCACCUCGGUCCCCUCUUAGCCCACGGAACAUUGGAGGGGCAAAGAUGAUGCCAGAACUACCUUUGCAAUCAAGCCUCCUUCCUAUGGUACCUCUGGUAUCUCAGGUUCCUGCUCAGACAAUGUCUCCAAGACCAAUGACUCCUCCAUCUCCUAGGACUCCAACAUCAACUCAGUCUCCGAGGCCAUAUCCAGCUCAGUCUCCUAGACAGUCUAUCACAAAUCAGUCUUCAAGGCCACUUACACCUCAGUCUCCCAAAUCAUUAUCUUCAGUACAGACUACAAGACCGCAAACUCAGUCUCCAAGACAACUUUCAAAUCUUCAGCCAGCAAUUAGUCAGUCUCAUAGAUUAAAUAAUACUAGUUUGCUAGUUACCCAGCCCCAGUGCAUAACAGUAUCUGGCCAGUCAGAGAAAUUUCAGUUUGGGUCCCAACAAAUGUCUUCAUCAACCCACUUAGUUCCAGAGUCAUUGAUAGUCCCAAACUCUACUUCUGUCUGUCCACAAAAUUCAUCAUACAAACAAAAUGCAUGUGUACAAACAUCACUCUCACACACUUUAAUGUCCCCCAAAAAUGCUUGUAAUUCCCUGAAUUCAUCUAAGCCUCAUGUGCCUCAGUCUCCAAGAGCUAUGAUUAGUAAUCACCCUGGGGCCUGUCUCAUGCAAGUAGUAACCCCCACGAGCUCACAAUCCAGUAUGCCUCAUCCUCCUCAGUCUCCGAAGCCCAACAGACCACAUACUCCACAAUCUCCCAGAUCUUUGUGCUCUGCCCAGGGUGCAGUAAUGCAGACACAUGUUAAUAGGGUUUCCCAAUCGAAUUCACCUCUGUCUAGACACCAGGGGAUAUCUCAACAGCCAGAAUUAAGAAUAGCUAACAGUACCAAGGACAAAGCUAAAAACGUUGAUAGCAUAAUAUCUGGUCUUCUAGGUGGACUUUCCAAUUCAUUACCUAGCUCUGUUGUAUCAUCCUCGUUGUAUCCGAUUUCCCCGGUCAGUUCAUCUAUUUUAACAAGUGGGUUGAAUACUUCCGUAACUAGUGCUUCUGGGAAUAAAUUACAUUUUCCUCAUGGAACACAUGUUUCGGUUUCCUCAAAUAUCCCUCCGCUGUACCAAAACAGUAUUGUAAAUUCUCUGUCAUUACCUCUAACUAAUACGUUAGUCUCUCCUGAAGUGUCAGCUGCAACUACGUGUAUGUCAUUUUCAUUGUGCAAUUCAUCAGCUGCACUCCCUAUUUCCUUGGGUAAUGUAUCUACUUCAUUACCAGUUUUAACUUACAACAGUUCUGCUCCCUCUAUACCUACCUGUCCUGUGUCAAUUCCCCAAGCCUUCUAUCCAAGUAACACUGCACUUUCAAUGAAUUUACCACCAAGCACUUUACAAUCUAUCUCACAGUCUUUAAAUACUACACAGGCCCCACAGUCAGCAUCUUAUAUUAAUGUAACUGCGGGGAGCACACCCAGGAGCAGUGCAUCACUUGUAUCUGCAUCAACUAACAACAGGACAGGUUUUGCAUGUAUACCUUAUAGAGAUCCAGCUGUAUUAACAAUGCCCACAGAAACUCUAGCAUUUUCUCCCAUUCCUUCAAGCAGCAGCGGGGGCAGUGUUUUGACUAUGCCUACCAGUUUCACUACGGCUGCUGUGACCAUGCCUAUGACCACAGCAACAUUAGUAACAAAGUCUCCAUCUGUUACCAGUGUUAUGGGUGUACAGAAUAGUACUGCUUGUACAACUGUACCUAUGAUGUGCACAUCUGUUACACCAUUAGUCAGUACCUCUUAUGUACCUCUAAGCAGUACAUUAACUAUGUCUGCACUGAAUGGAGAUGUUGUGAACACAUCAGUACCCCUAAGCAGUAUAUCAAGUGCACCCUUAUCCUUAAGUAGUAUGGGAAGUUUGCCUAUACUCUCCAGCAGUCCAAAACAUACAACAGUCCCCAAUAGUAGUACAGCAAAUACAACUAUACACCAGAGUAGUACAAUGAAUACAACUGUACCUCAAAGUAGCACAGCAAGCACAACUAUACCCGAUUGUAGUACAGCAAGUGCAACUGUACCACAAAGUAGUACAAGUACUACUAUACCCUUUAGUACAGCAAGCACUACUGUACCCCAUACUAGUACAGCAAGAACUACUGUACCCCACACUAGUACAGCAAGUACUAUUGCACCCCAGAGUUUUACAGCAAGUUUAGCUGUAUGCUCAAGCACUAUAGGAAGUACAACUGUACCCAUAAGUAGUACGGGAAGUAUAUCUGUACCCCAAAAUGACACGGUAACUACUGCUGUAUCUGCAACUUGUAUGGUAGUUGCAUCUGCACCCAGUAAAAGUACUGUUGGAACUUUGAGCAGCUCAUCUGAUAAAACUUUGCCAGUAAGUAAUAAGGAAAUUAUGACAGUAUCCCCAAGCAGUAAAGCUAUUGCAACUGCACCUGUAAGCAGUACAGCGGGUACUACCAUUGUCCCUGGCAGUACAGCAGGUACUACUAUAACCCCUGGCAGUACAGCGGGUACUACCAUUGUCCCUGGCAGUACAGUAGGUACUAUCAUAGCCCCUGGCAGUACAGCAGGUACUACCAUUGUCCCUGGCAGUACAGCGGGUACUACCAUUGCCCCUGGCAGUACAGCAGGUACUACUAUAACUCCCGGCAGUACAACAGAUACUGCUAUAACCCCUGGCAGUACAGCAGAUACUACCAUAGCCCCUGGCAGUACAGCAGGUACUACCAUAGCCCCUGGCAGUACAGCAGGUACUACCAUAGCCCCUGGCAGUACGGCAGGUACUACCAUAGCCCCUGACAGUACGGCAGGUACUACCAUAGCCCCUGGCGGUACGGCAGGUACUACCAUAGCCCCUGGCAGUACAGCAGGUACUACCAUAGCCCCUGGCAGUAUGGCAGGUACUACCAUAGCCCCUGGCAGUACAACAGGUAGUACCAUAGCCCCUGGCAGUACAGCAGGUACUACCAUAACCCCUGGCAGUACAGCAGGUACUACCAUAGCCCCUGGCAGUACAGCAGGUACUACCAUAACCCCUGGCAGUACAGCAGGUAUUACCAUAGCCCCUGGCAGUACAGCAGGUACUACCAUACCUGUUGUUAAUACAGGUGGUGCAGUGGUCUCCUCCAGCAGUACAUUAGAUACAUCCAUAUCUAUUUGCAACACUGCUGGAAUAACAAUACCCGUCAGUAGUACAGUUGUGGUUGCUCGGUCUCAAAGCAGUGGAUGUUUUGCCCCCUGUGGUACAGUGGGUGGGAAUUUGGUGUUAAGUGCGAAGGAGAGAGGUGGCUCUGAGCCACAGUCAAGUGCCUGUACCCCAGUCUGUGAUGUGACGCAUGUGAUUGAUGCCAAACAGCAGUGUGCUGAACCAAGUGUCAGCAGUAGUGGUGGCCCCAGACCAUGCCUCAAGAGUUAAUGUUGCACAGUUAAGGGCACCAAUGUUGUUGGAUGCCACAUAUAUAAGCUUAUAUGCUAUGGUGUACCUUACCUGCCAUUUAUUUUGUAAAUUAUAAUUAUAAAUUCACAAAUAUCCUUUUAUCAGUGUGUUUCAAACACUUAUUAGUCACUUUUAAAGUGCUAGUUAGGGACACUUCAUUUUCUAUCUUUCUACUACAUGAUAUUUUCUUUGCUUCAAUAAGAAAACUUUCAGUAAGGUAGCAAAGACAAAAUCAACUUACCCCAGGAGACUACUCGUAUUUUCUUUUGGUGUAAAUUUGAUUGAUGCUUCUUUGCUGCCUCACCAUUUGGAAGCGCGCACACGGCUCCUCCUCCUUCCUUGUACUUUUCCUGUGCUCUGCAGGUGAUGAUGACAUGUUGGGCAAAGUAUUUUAAUCUUCUUCAUCUUGACUCGAGCAAUGUCGAACAAGACUACGUACAUAGUUAUAUACUGCUACUCUAUUGAACAGAUUUAUUUUUCACUAGUUUUUAUACAUAGUACAGAUUUUUUAAUUUGUAAGGCAGUACAGGAACUUUCUAUUUUGACCAAUUGUGAUAUGCCUGGUAUUUUGAAGGACUUACAUUACAAUUGGAAAAUGAAUUAGUGCAUUGGUACUAUAUAGUACAGUAUUCUAUUUAAUACACAGUUUACAAAUUGACCCCAUGAUUGGUUUGAACUUUAAUGUGAACAAUUUCACAUUACUUGUGAUACUCCAACAUUCAGGAUUUUUGUAUAAAAUGUGAAACGACUUGUAGUGAUAAAGAAACUUUGUAUUACCAAGUAAGAUCUUGUUUCAAAAGUUGUUAAUGAUAUAACAAAUGGUAUUAUUGUGCAACAAAUUUCUGUUAAUUUUGUACUGUUACUGGUUGUCUUGCAAUAUUCGUGUCAGUAAUAUGUUAAGAAAUCCUGUAUUUUAUGUUCUUAUCAUUGGGUAUCUUAUCGAAAUUGACAGAUGUGACUUCUUCGAGUGUCCUUAUUAGUUCUCAAUGUUAGUGAAGAUUUUUUUUAUUUUAUUUUUUCUUCUCCCCAAUUUUCACUGAGAAGCUGCUUGGGCACCGUCAGUACCAGUGAUCCAACUUUAGCUUUAACACAGAGUGGCUGUGUUUCUCACACUUGUGAUUAUUCUUGAGGUUAAUUCAAGUAUAAAUUUUGAAUAACUUCGUAAUCAUAGUUAUGUAGUGCAUUUUAUUAAAAAAAAAUGGGAAAAAGGGUGGGUGGGGGGGGGUGCUGGGAGAGGAGGUUUGUAAUAGACUUUGUUGACUGUGAUUGGUUUAAGCACUAAUGUGGUUGUUAAUAAAGCUUACAUUGCAAACAGGAAUAAAUCUUCUCCUCGCACCAGCCUGCUGAACUUAGUCAUGAAGUAGUGAAUGCAAUUAUGAGCUAAAUUUUUUAUUUUUACAUGAAUAGACAGUGAUAUUAUAGGAGUUAAACAUGAAACACUGAAGUGGAGGCCAUGCUGCUAAUUAUUGGUUGGUUAUUGGAGGUAUUGUUUUGAAAUGUUAUAUAUAUAUAUA